AGAGAAGGGUUCCCGGUCUGUGUUGGACCACCUCUGCCACCGGGAGCACUGUUACCCACUCGGUGCGCAUCGUGGCGUCCUUGGAAACCACCGACGCGCUCUGCUCCGUGGCUCUACUGAUCAGGGGCGACUGGCUUUGGGGGAACAGCGGGACAAACUGGCACUUCAACUCGCUUCAUCGCCGCUUGACGACGAUGAUGAUGGUGGUGUUGAUGAAACGGAAUGGAGACGAGCAGGGUGGAUUAAUUCUGCACCAUGAAUGACAGGUACCACAAGGCGGCCCGGGACGGCUACCUGGACCUGCUUAAGGAGGCGACUAGGAAGGAUCUCAACGCGCAGGAUGAGGAUGGCAUGACACCGACGUUAUGGGCUGCUUAUCACGGCAACCUGGAGGCUCUGCGGCUGAUCGUGGCGAGGGGAGGAAACCCUGACAAGUGUGACAUAUGGGGGAACACACCGCUCCACCUGGCAGCUGCCAAUGGUCACCACAACUGUCUUUUCUUCCUGGUAUCUUUUGGUGCCAACAUAUGGUGUCUGGACAACGACUAUCACACGCCGUUGGACAUGGCCGCCACAAAGAAUCACAUGGAUUGCGUCCGCUACCUGGAUUCCAUUGCUUCCAAGCAGACAGCCCUCAACACCAAGCUGGUCAACAAACUAAAGGAUCGAGCGUUUCGGGAUGCUGAGCGACGGAUCAAACAGUGUGUAAAGAUGCAAAAGAAACACCACAAACGCAUGGAGCGGAAGUUUCAUAAAGAGGCUUCAGAGGCUUCUGCUUCAGACGCCAUGAGCUUUUCCAGCUUCACCGGCAGCUCUAUUAGCCACAAACUGCGCAACUUUAAUCCAGCUUCCGUCAGUGUGCCAUAUUCUCAGGCUACUCUCCAUGCCACAAACCGAGGGAAGACAAAGAUUCAGAAGAAGCUGGAGAAGAGGAAACAAGGAGAUGGGACUUUUAAAAUCUACGAGGAUGGGAGGAAGAGUGUCCGCUCCCUGUCUGGCCUCCAGCUGGGCAACGAUGUCAUGUUUGUCAAACAGGGGACUUACGUCAACCCGAAGGACCGUGGCCACCGCAAUAUUCGUGACAUGUUCCCCAGAGACAAUUACGAUGCCAUUUCCCGUGCCAUGAGUGAGCCGGACCUCCACGGGCCAGAUGUGGACUAUUCUGAGAUCAGCACUGACUCUGGACAUGAUUCCCUGUUCAACCGGCCCGGUCUGGGCACCAUGGUGUUUAGGAGGAACUAUGUGAGUGGGGGGUUGUUUGACCUUGGCAGUCGGGAUGAGGCCAGUGUAUCAGGUAGUAAUGUACGUCUACGCAGCCGGUUGCAGCAAUACCCAGGUCUAGAUGAAGACAGCAUUGGCAGUGCACACAGCCUGCAGGAGAGGAACGUGGUAGAGGUGCCCUGGGAAGAAAUCGAAUUAGGGCUGGACGAUGAUGAUGAGCCAGACUCAAGCCCUCUAGAGGUCUUCCUUGCCACACAGAGCAUGGUCGAGUUUUUCUCCAUCUUCAAGAGGGAGAAGAUUGACCUUGAAGCACUGUUGCUAUGCUCUGACAAUGACCUUAAGAGUAUCCAUAUCCCCUUAGGACCAAGGAAGAAGAUUUUAGAUGCCUGUAAGACAAGGCUGGAGACCAUAGAGGACCCAGACUGCAUUGAGGACACAGAACUGUGAGUGAGAUUUUUAGUUAUACAGCAUAGUAAGGAAGUAUUUGGGUAUAGUGUUUGUUAGAUCAUCUUGGGUUACAAGCACAGUGUCUUCCCUUGUCUUAUUGUCCUGCAGAUGAUGACAUUGUGGAGUGAAGUGACCUGUGGACCGGGAAAUUACCUCUCAGUUUACCUCAGUGGUAACAAAGCAGAAAGGACGCUGCCAAGAUGAAUAUAGAGCAAGAAGAUUCAUAUCUGUAAAUCUGAGCAGGAUUAUUUUACAGUGUCGUGUUAGUCCUGGCAGAACACUGAAAAUAUUUCUGCAUGUUUGUUGGACGGAGUCUCCCUGCAUUGCAUGGUUUAACAAACAGUCAUUAGAGUCCGCUAAUCAUAUGGGGUCUGUGUCCCCUGGACGUGUUUGCCCCUGUGGGGUAAAUCCUACCACCUCAUGUGCCUGCAUCGCUUGUGCCUGUGCAUUUGCUUAAAAGUGUCUUUUGUCAUAAAUACCUUAACUUCAUUGUAACUUUUUAACCCAGGCUGUUUUCUUAUAUCAUAUUUCAUCUCUGUAUAUGUUUACAUACAGCCAUGUCAGUCCAAGUGUGGCUCACUGCAGGCCAAUUGUUCAAUGAGAUUACUGUUCUGAAUAUUAGUAUUGUAAAUUAUGUGAACGCACAGUAUCUUUAGAUUUUAUAACACACAAUAUAAUUUGUUGUAGGUCUAUAUUUUGCAUGCUCAGUGCGUACACUAGGAGAUUUAUGCACCUUUAUAUAUCACUUGUGUCAUCUUGACAAUAUGUCUUCCAACUGUCUUUAGUAGUAUUUUUUUUAAUAAUGUACAUCUGCACAUGAGCAUAUUUAUGUUUACCAACUGAAAUUGUCACAUUUUAGGUGGAUUAUAAAUAAAAAUACUAAUGUUUUUAA